UCCAAGUUUUUGUCUGUUUUGUCUCUGAAAAAAACAGAGCUGGAACAGGAUGGUACUGAAUCGUGAUUAUAUACAAACCAUCUGGUGUUAAAGAUGUUAAUUUCACAGCCCUUGAGAAACAAGUGAACAAGGUAAGACUACUUCUGAUAAUAAAUGGGCUGUUACUUCAGUUUUUAAAAAGUCCUUGGAAUUAUCUCCUGAUCAAACAUGAAAACACAAGACCUCCUAAAUGCCUGAUUGUUCAUUUCAGAGAGCUAACAGAUUAAAAUAUAUAUUUUCACUUUAUAAAAGCAUCAGCAACUUGUUGUUCAACAGUAUUUUGAUUUUUUUCCCAGUUUUGCACUCAACCUCACUCAUAGCCAAAUCAGUAGAAAAACUGCCUUGUAUUUGGAACAGACAUGGUGCUAAUAAUGAAGCAAGCCUCACAAGUCAGUAAUGCUAAGUGGAAUAGCAUGCUUCUUCCGUCUCCUUUCAGUCCAUGACUUCCUUCUGCACUUGACAAACACGGGCUGUUCUUGAGAACAACAGAGACAUAUUGUUCUUGCUUCCUGUAAGUUUUCCAGUUUCCGAGUGCAGCGCUUGCAAAGAACGAGGCUGGUCCUGCUCAAAGCAGCCAUAAACCCUUCAGUGAACUUGAAGCCGUUCGGGAACACAGAGCGAGGCAGGUUCAGGCGGCAGAUAAUAGCAGACGGUAAAGACUAAUGAUUAGUCAGUCCUGACACUGCUCUCAAUUCACUGCAAACACUCAAAGCAUUUACUCCUGACAAGCUAGUUUGAGUAUGUGUGCCAUCAAAAACAAACAAGAAAAGCAGGAAAUUAUAAAAAUCCCUUUAGCAGGACCAGGUUCAGCGCACAGGGAGGACCUGGCUUCUUGCAAACACAGGCUCCUUCACUGAACCCCAAGCACCACUGAAGGCUCCGGGGCGAGGCAGGGCCCCCGCCGUUUCAGCGGCGGAGAGGUGCACCCUGACCCCACAGAUUUGAAGCGCGACCGUGGGCUCGUGUUACGGGGCAGGAUAUUACAAAAUAAAGCCCCGCAGGAGACGGCAGGGCCGCCCUCGGUCCUCUCCAACAGCCCGUACUCCGUCCCCUCCCGGGGUGCCCCGAGGAGCAGGGCUAGCCGAGCCGGAACUUCCAAGAGGAGCGGCGUCCUUCCAGGCUGACAAGCCCGUGAGGACACGACGUGACUCCUCUUCCUCGAGAGCUCCCACUCGGGACGCGGCCCGAACGCUGAGCACGGGGGCGGAAAAGGUUAUUUCUGCCCGGAGGCGGGGCCGGAGGAGGUGCCCGGUGCUGGGGCCGCCCCAGCCCGCGCUGCCAGUGGCUCCGCAGCUGUCGCUCGGCUGGAGCUGGGGCGCCGGAGAGUGAUCCCACAAGUGGUUUAUCCCCGCGGCCGAGGAAUUUCGUCCAAGGAGUGAAGCGGCCGGAGGAAGAGCGGAGUGUCGGGGGUGGCAGGAGAAGGAGGCCAGGCUGCCGGGGGUCGGCGCGCCGGGUAGUCCCUGCAGGUGCGGAGGAGAAGGGAGCGGCGCGUCAUGGUGCCGGUGGCAGGCACGGAGGGAGGCUGUGCUCAUCUCCCUGUCUCCGUCAGCCUUCGCUAGCGCCCGAGUGGGAAUCCCUCGCUUCAGCCCGUUCGCCUCUCCCCUCCAGCAGCUCAGUGGGACGGCUCCGGGGCGGGCGGCGCAGUAUGGCAUCCUCCUAACCCCAGCCAGCGCAACAGAGCCCGGGACUGCUCUUUCACCGCCGGGAUGAACGACAGCAGCGAGGGGAUCGUCAGCCUGCCGGUGCCCGGCCCGCCCGGCGGCGGGACGUCCUGCGAGGAGGUACUCGGCAGGAGAGCGCCCGGGGCCGACACGGGCGCCCGCAGCCUCCCGCCCGACUUGGCUGCGCCGCCGCCCGCCGCUCUCCGGGCUGAGGACGCCGCCGCCGCCGCCGCCGCCUGCCCGAGCACCGCGGCGCGGGCCAAGGGUGGCGGCCGGCGGACCGCGGUCACCUACGUGAUCAACGAGGCGAGCCAGGGCCCGCUGCUGGCGGCGCAGAGCGGCGCCCUGCAGAGCCUGCGUGAGGCGUGCGAGGCGGUGGGGGCUGCGCUGGAGACCCUGCACUUCGGCAAGCUGGACUUCGGCGAGACGGCGGUGCUGGACCGCUUCUAUAACGCAGAUAUUGCUGUGGUAGAGAUGAGCGAUGCCUUCCGUCAACCUUCCCUGUUCUACCAUCUGGGAGUCAGGGAGAGCUUCAGCAUGGCUAACAACAUUAUCCUCUACUGUGACACAAAUGCAGAGUCUCUGCAGUCACUGAAGGAAAUUAUUUUCCAGAAGAAUAAUAUGUGCACAGGGAACUACAUAUUUGUUCCUUACAUGAUAACUCCACAUAACAAGGUGUACUGCUGUGAUAGCAGUUUUGUGAAGGGACUAACAGAGCUGAUGUCGCCUGGUUUUGAGUCUCUCCUUGGGCCUAUAUGCUUACCUCUGGUGGAUCGAUUUAUUCAGCUCUUGAAGGUGGCACAGGCCAGUUCCAGCCAGUAUUUCCGGGAAUCCAUUCUGAAUGACAUCAGAAAGGCCCGGACGCUUUACAUGGGCAAAGAGCUCGCAGCAGAGCUGGCAAGGAUUCGACAGCGAGUCGAUAAUGUUGAAGUCUUGUCUGCUGACAUUGUAAUAAACUUGCUGCUGUCCUACAGAGACAUCCAGGAUUACGAUUCCAUUGUGAAAUUGGUGAAAACUUUAGAAAAACUGCCCACUUUUGACUUGGCUUCACACCACCAUGUGAGGUUGCAUUAUGCAUUUGCACUAAACAGGAGAAAUCUGCCUGGAGACAGACAGAAAGCUCUAGAAAUUAUGAUUCCCCUUGUAGAGCAGGAAGACCAAGUAGCUUCAGAUAUGUAUUGCCUGGUUGGUCGAAUUUAUAAGGACAUGUUUUUGGAAUCUGGGUUCAUAGAUAUAGAAAGCAGGGACAAAGCAACUUUCUGGUUCAAGAAGGCGUUUGAGUCAGAGCCAACGUUACCAGCAGGAAUUGAUUAUGCAGUACUCCUCCUGGCAGCUGGACAUUGCUUUGAUACUUCUUUUGAGCUGCGGAAAGUUGGAGUAAAGAUCAGCAGCCUGCUUGGUAAAAAGGGGAGCUUGGAGAAACUGCAAAGCUAUUGGGAAGUGGGAUCUUUCUUGGGGGCCAGUAUGCUGGCUAAUGAUCAUAUACGAGUGAUCCAGGCUUCAGAAAAGCUGUUUAAACUAAAGGCACCAGCAUGGUACCUGAAGUCUAUUGUAGAAACUAUUUUGAUAUAUCAGCAUUUUAAGAAACUGACUCCAGAGCAACAUACAGCCAAACAGGAACUUGUGGACUUCUGGAUGGACUUUCUUGUUGAAGCCACGAAGACAGAUGUGACUGUAGUUCGAUUUCCAGUUUUAAUAUUAGAACCAACAAAAAUCUAUCAGCCCUCAUACCUCUCCAUCAACAGUGAAGCCGAGGAGAAGACAGUAUCCAUCUGGCAUGUGCUGCCUGAUGACAAGAAAGGUAUCCAUGAGUGGAAUUUCUGUGCUACUUCUAUUAGGGGGGUAAGCAUUUCAAAGUUUGAAGAACGAUGCUGUUUUUUGUACGUGCUGCACAACUCGGAUGACUUUCAAAUCUAUUUCUGCACAGAACUUCAUUGUAGAAGAUUUUUUGACAUGGUGAACAGUAUCACUGAAGAAAUGGGGAAGACUACAGAGGAAGGGGAAUGUGAUGGAGACUCUCUAGAGUAUGAUUAUGAGUAUGAUGAGAAUGGUGAGCGAGUCAUUCUGGGAAAAGGAACGUAUGGCAUUGUGUAUGCAGGACGAGAUCUGAGCAACCAAGUCAGAAUUGCUAUUAAAGAAAUCCCAGAGAGAGACAGCAGGUACUCCCAACCUCUGCAUGAAGAAAUAGCUUUGCAUAAGCAUCUCAAACAUAAGAACAUUGUCCAGUAUUUAGGUUCUCUUAGUGAGAAUGGCUUCAUCAAAAUAUUCAUGGAACAGGUGCCAGGUGGCAGUCUUUCUGCUCUUCUACGAUCAAAAUGGGGGCCAUUAAAAAAUAAUGAGCAGACAAUUGGCUUCUACACCAAGCAGAUUCUUGAAGGAUUAAAAUACCUCCACGAUAAUCAAAUAGUGCAUCGAGACAUAAAGGGUGAUAACGUGCUUAUCAACACAUACAGUGGAGUGUUAAAGAUUUCGGACUUUGGAACUUCAAAGAGACUUGCAGGAAUCAAUCCCUGUACUGAAACCUUCACUGGUACCCUCCAGUAUAUGGCACCAGAGAUCAUAGACAAAGGGCCACGUGGCUAUGGGAAGGCUGCAGACAUCUGGUCUUUGGGAUGCACAAUCAUUGAGAUGGCCACAGGGAAACCCCCAUUUUAUGAACUGGGGGAACCACAAGCAGCCAUGUUUAAGGUGGGGAUGUUUAAAAUACACCCAGAAAUUCCUGAAUCAAUGUCUGCAGAAGCCAAGGCCUUCAUACUGCGUUGCUUUGAACCAGAUCCUGAUAAACGAGCUUUUGCUCAUGAGCUACUGAUAGACGAAUUCUUGAAGGUUUCAAGCAAGAAAAGAAAGUCUCCUUCAAAGCUCUCAGUCCUUUCAGCUAACACAAAUGAGUAUCUUCGGAGCAUAUCCUUACCUGUCCCUGUUCUGGUGGAAGAUACAAGUAGCAGCAGUGAAUAUGGUUCUGUCUCACCUGAUACAGAAUUAAAAAUUGAUCCAUUCUCUUUCAAAACAAGAGCCAAAUCCUGUGGAGAAAAAGAAGGGAAGGGAAUCCGGUCCCUUUUUCUGAGCAUCCCAGAUGAACAUUUUGAGGAUCACAGUGCACCUCCUUCACCUGAAGAGAAAGAUUCUGGGUUUUUCAUGCUGAAGAAGGACAGUGAAAGGAGAGCCACCCUCCACAGAAUAUUAACUGAGGACCAAGAGCAGGUAGUGAGGAACCUGAUGGAAGCUUUGACUCAGGGAGCUGAAGAACCCAAGCUAAAAUGGGAACAUAUCACAACACUUGUUUCCAGCCUCAGAGAGUUUGUACGGUCCACUGAUCGCAAAAUCAUCGCAACCACACUUUCAAAAUUGAAGCUGGAGUUGGACUUUGACAGCCAUGGUAUCAGUCAAGUGCAGCUUGUGCUGUUUGGUUUUCAAGAUGCUGUCAAUAAAGUUCUCCGAAAUCAUAAUAUUAAGCCACAUUGGAUGUUUGCACUGGACAGCAUAAUCAGAAAAGCUGUGCAGACUGCUAUUACAAUUCUGGUCCCAGAAUUAAGGCCACAUUUUAGCCUUGCAUCUGAAAGUGAUACGGCCGAUCAAGAUGAUAUAGAUGUUGAAGAUCAAGAUGAACAGCCUCAGAAUCAAACCAUCCAGCAGCCUUGCAUUGUCUUGGAAGAUGCAGUAGCUACCUCAGGUGUAAGCACACUCAGCUCUACGGUGUCCCAUGACUCCCAGGCUGCUCACAGAUCACUGAGUGUCCAGCUGGGCAGGCUAAAAUUAGAGACAAACAGGUUAUUGGAGGAGUUAGUUCAAAAGGAGAGAGAAUUUCAAGUCCUCUUGCAUCAAGCUAUAGAAGAAAAAGACCAAGAGAUCAGGAACCUACAGCUCAGGUCACAGCCAAUAGAUAUUCCUGGAUUGUCUGUCCGUCAUCGUCAUUCCACUGGCACAGGGACCGAAGACCCUGAUCUCAUAAACUGGCUGAGGGUUCAUGGAGCUGACGAGGCCACGAUAGACAAGUUCUUGGCUGAAGACUAUACCUUAACGGAUGUUCUCUGCUAUGUUACACGAGAUGAUCUGAAAUGUUUGAGACUGAGAGGAGGAAUGCUGUGCACACUCUGGAAGGCGAUCACUGACUUUCGAGAGAAACAUGCCUGACACUGAUAUUUUUUCUUUGCUUCUCUGCAGAGAUGAAAAGAUUUCCUUUCAGCCAGAGCAGGUGUGCUGUCAGAAGGACUGUUGCACUUUAAUCCAGUAUUUGUUUACCAAUGUUAAAAACACUGCAGCUUCCUGACUGCUUUUACUCCUAUAAUCCAUAAGGAAUCUGUAAACAACUUGCAACAUUAUUUUACUUUAAAUGUUUUUACAUGCAAGUUUUUCAAAAAUUUUUAGAAAACAUACACACAAAAGUUAUAAACUUAUAAAGUAUUGUAGUUAAAGUAAGCAGAUGUUAAUUUCAUGACAAACUGAUGUAAGAUUUCAUGUAACAGUACAUCACUGGAACAAAACCAAAAUGUGACAACAACUUUUCAAUUUCUUUGUAAUAUAUCUUGAUAUUAUCUGUAGUAGAGCUUCAUAAUUUCAAUCAUGAUUAGAUAUUUUUCUUUUAGUGUGCAAGACCUAAAGGUAAUUGUUUUUACCUACUGCCCUAUAUAGCUUAAUAUUGUUUAUUUUUGGUAAUUUAAGUUCUAUGGUGCAUUUGUUUUAGAGUUGUUUAUGUACUACUGAACUGUACCAGUUGUAUACACCUGAACCACGGUAAUGUUAGCUUGUUCUAAAGCUAUCUCUGACAUACACAAUUAAAAAUAAAAAUAACCUAAGACUUACUUUUUCCUAUAUUUUUGGACUUCUAAAAUAAUAACAAUGGUGUAGAACUGGAAAAUAUUUGAAUAAAAAAAAAGAAAAAAAUUCAAACUGAGUAUCAAGGGAACCUUUCUGAUGCAUCUUAAACUUAGUGCAAUUUGAGUAUGAUAACCAUAACACUGAAUAUUUUCUUGGUUUUUCUUUUCAGUCUAAUUCCUGUACUAACAAGCCAAGACUAAACAAAAUUCUUCUCUGGGUGCUGUUCUUGACUUGAGAAAUGGAAAGUCCUGCCUCCAUGCACUGAAUAGUCAUUGUGGCCUG